UAAGAAAUACGCAUUGUUAGAUUUUUAAACUCUGCAUGCUAUUCGAAUGAUUGGAUAAUGCCUUGAAAUAUUAGCAUGUUUGCGACGAAAUUUUACAAAAUAUGGACAAGUAUAAUCUUUCUGUUAAGUGCGCUUGUUGAUGAGCGUGUUCAGGCACAGAUAUUAAAACCAGAGAUAAAGUCGAUGCAUAUUUCAUCAGAUAUUUACUUCAGAUUCGCUACAACAGUAGUGGAGACAAAAAUUCUCAACCUAAAUCAAGAAGCAUCAGAAAUAAUGUUUGAUAUGACUCUACCAGAUUCAGCUUUUAUAACCGGCUUUAACAUGGAAAUAGGAGGAAAACGAUAUGCUGGUAAUGUAAAAGAGAAUGCUAAAGCAAAGAAACAGUUCAAAGUGGCGAAAAGUCGUGGAGAAAGUGCAGGUCACAUGGCUGCUUCUCCAAGAACUACGAACAGGUUUAACAUCCUUGUUAAUGUGGAAAAGAAUGCAUUAGUGAUAUUCAAACUGAAAUAUCAAGAAUUGCUAAAACGAACCGUAGGCUCAUAUCAGCACGUGAUAGAUGUAGAUCCUGGGCAAAUAGUGGAAGACUUGAAGUUAAAAGUUUGUAUUAGUGAAUCCAGAGAAAUCAUAGAUCUCACGAUGCCACCAUUAGAAGGGAUGAACACAACUGAUAUUGAUAAAUUCGCUACAAUCAAACAUAAUUCUCCAUCCAGCAUUGACAUAACAUACGCUCCGAGUGUUCAGAAUCAGAAGGCAAUGUCAGAACAAGGUGUCUCUGGACAGUUCAUAGUGAAGUAUGAUGUAACCAGGGACAAAGAUGCUGGUGAUUUAUUGGUAUUGAAUGGAUAUUUCGUUCACAUGUUUGCUCCAAAAGACUUUAAGCCACUUCCAAAAGACGUAUUGUUUGUAUUAGACAAGAGCUGGAGUAUGUUUGGUAGAAAAAUUAUACAACUAAAACAAGGGAUGAAACUUAUCAUGCAGGAUAUGAAACCGGAAGACAGAUUUAACAUUGUGUUUUUCGACCAAAAUUUGGAUUGGUUGAGCAAAACUGACAUGUUACAAUGGACAAAACAAAAUUUUGGUUCUGCAGAAAGAUUUAUAGAAGCCACUACUGCUAGCGGAAAUAACAACAUGAACAAAGCAGUAAAAGACUGCAUAACAUUUUUGAACAAAUACCUUGACACGCAGAAGUCAACUAUCUUAAUGUUUCUAACUGAUGGACAGCCAACUACCGGAGAAACACGACCUGCCUCAAUUUUACAAAAUGUAAGAAUUGCGAAUGAGGCUAGACUUCCAAUUGUUAGCUUAGGUUUUGGAAAUAAACUUGACUUCGACUUUCUUAAAAAGAUUUCUGUACAGAAUAGUGGAUUCGCACGACGGAUAUAUGAAGAUUCGGAUGCCUCUUUGCAGAUUAAAGGAUUAUAUUCCGAAAUUUCAACCGCCCUUUUGAAAAAUGUAUCUUUUAAUUAUGUUGGUGACAUUGACAUGAACACACUCACACAGACCCGUUAUUCAUCAUUCUUUGAAGGAUCGGAGUUGAUAGUUGCUGGUAAAAUUAGAUCUAACGGUUCUUACAUCGUACCUCGUGUGAACGGUUGGAAUAAUGGAUUUAUGGAUCUAAUAUGGAAACCGACACCAGUUCCAGACCUAAAAGCAGUUACCACUAAUACUGAUAUAGCAAAAAUAACAGAAAAAAUGUGGGCAUAUCUAACAAUUAAACAGUUGCUCAUAGAUAUCGAGAAUGAUAUAACGACCGCGACAAAAGACAAAAUUAAAUCUAAGAUUAUCUCUUUAGCGACAAAGUACCAGUUUGUCACACCCUUUACAUCUAUGGUAGUAACUGCACCUGAGCUCAGACAAUCAAGCCACACCCAUGACGGUGAUUCUUCAGAAUUCCUAAGUGGUUAUCAUGCUUCCCUGAGAUUAAGGCCACCCCAUGGAAUUGUUUCACCUGGUUUCCGUAGUGGAUCUCCUCGUUCCCGCAAAUUAAGGCGACGCAUGAGAAUCAUGUCUAAAUCUCAGUUAUCAUUAAGUGGUGGAAAUGGUAAAGGUGAAUAUAGAGGUGGCAUUGUCAGAGUCGGACAAGGUGUGAGCCUAACACGUUUGACGUCACCAGGUCUCAAAAUGCAACAACUUUUUACCAAUUUUGUAAGACCGAGAGGUUGUGAUGGUAGCUGUGGUGGCGAAGGCGGAGGUGGAGGAAGUGACAGAGACAGACAUAGUGGAGAUAUAAUUGAUGGUGGUAACGGCGGUGGAAGAGCACAGGAUUUACAAAAGGAUUUAGUCCAUUCAAAUGGUCUCAAAAUGCAACAACGUUCUAACAAUUUUGUAAGACCGAGAAGUUGUGGUCGUAGAGGUAGAAGCUGUGCUGGCGGAGGCGGAGGUGGCGAAGGUGGCAGAGGCAUACAUAGGGGAGGUAACAAUCAUUAUGAUGGUAGUGAUGGCGUAGGAAGAGCACAGGUUAUUUUAUGA